AACAAAACAAAAUACUUGGCCUCGUUAUUUAGUCGAUUACUGUUUUCUAUCUCAUCGGCGUUUACUGGAUAUGUUGGUCAAUAUAUAACUUGUAACGAAAGGUUUUCGUUUUUGUCACCGGAUGUGAGCUCACGUUCAACAAAAACAUCACUUGAGAACAUACAAGUUACAAUCGGCACGUCCGCAUUAAUUUUCAAGCUGCGGAUGGAGUGCGGAACUUAGAUAUUUACUGCUGCAGUGUCAGAACUUUGUCUUACGAAUGGAGUUCUCCAUGCUGUUUAUUGCAAGCGUAUUUCUCAUUAUGAUCUCAGAUGCGCAAGUUUUUGUACUGACCCCAGUCAGUCCAAUUCAAGCUCAAGAUGGCGAUAACAUCACACUACAUUGGGAAUAUCAUUCUGGCUUUCACACACUGAGUCUUGCUCAGUGGGGGACUAUAACCUUGGAAGGAACCUUGGAAACCAUCAUAGCUCAACAGCAUGGGAAUAAGCCAGUGGAGUAUUUAUCAUCGAAUUACAAAGGCCGUGUGUAUGUGACGAGCAAAGCCUCCCUUACUUUCAUUGACGUUAAAGUGGAUGACACCGGGCGAUAUGGUUGUAAGUUGACGUUUGGAGACGCGACAAUUUCAAAUUCCACAAUACUGGAAGUAUCAGCGAGACCCAUUACAGACGUAUCCCCCACAGCUGACGGUACUGCUGAUGACGACACGAUUAAUACGCAUCCAGUAUAUCUGGCCUUUGUUGCCGUGGUCCUGAUCCUAAUUAUACUAGUUGUUGUCUACUUUUUCCUGACGCGUAGAAAAAGAGUGGCUCGUACCAAUAGGAACAAAAAUGAAAGAGCUAGACUGGAUACGAAUAUGGUUGAAAUGAACCCACUGUCUCAAAAUUACAUGUACGCAGACGUAGACGCAGACGUAGACGCAGACGCAGGAAGAACUCCUGAUCCAAUUAGUUCUUCUGACGGAGUGAUCCGUCAAGAAUACUCAGUGAUUCCUCCUAUACUUCCCAACCCGACCGAAAAAGACUGGGAAUUACCCAGAGAGAAUCUCGUGUUUGUGAAGGUGAUUGGCAGGGGAGCUUUUGGUAAAGUGGCUCGAGGAAUGGCAAAGGGAAUAAAUGACAACAAGGAAGACGUGGUUGUGGCUAUCAAAAUGUUAAAAGAAAAUGCCACCGACGAAAACAGACAGGAUCUCCUCGCUGAACUGAACAUGAUGAAGAAGCUUGAACCGCAUCAAAAUGUUAUUCAGUUGCUGGGCUGUGUCACCAAAUCAGAUCCCGUCAUGGUUGUAACGGAGUAUGUGCCACAUGGAGAUCUCUUAGGUUUUCUGAGGAAGAGCCGUGGACUCCGCGACACAUAUUACAACGACACUGAAAUAAAACCCCAAAGCUCUCUUAGUUCUAACCAAUUAUUCAGCUUUGCUUGGGACAUUGCGAAUGGCAUGGAUUACUUGGCUUCGAUGAAGAUAGUUCAUCGCGAUCUUGCAGCACGUAAUGUACUAGUUGGUGAUAGAGAGACCUGCAAAAUAACGGAUUUUGGUUUGGCAAGGGAUGUUUUUAAAGAAGAUCUCUACAGAAGAACAGCCACGGGUCGUCUCCCUGUAAAAUGGACUGCAUUUGAAUCUUUGUUGUAUGGAAAGUGUACAACGAUGAGCGACAUAUGGAGCUAUGGAAUCGUGAUGUACGAAAUCUUUACCAUAGGAGGUUCACCAUAUCCGAAAAUCGACGGAAAAUCUUUAGCCUCUUUACUUCAAGAAGGUUACAGAAUGCCCAAGCCUCCACAUUUGGAUGAACAAUUGUAUAAAAUUAUGAAAGCCUGUUGGAAUAAAAAACCCGAGGAGCGACCAUCAUUUGCAGAGCUGCGCAGGAUCAUGGAAGACAUGGGCAAAGAGAAAGAGACCUACAUCAACCUUAAGGACUACGAUAGCAAACUUUACCAGAACGUUGAUGAUAUGGAAGCUUAGGCUUUGGUGCUUUUUAAAAUUGCAUACACUGUAUAAAAAUAGGGCUCUUUGCUAAGUCAGUGAACACCUGAUAAUGUAGCCAUAUGAUGUGAAAUGAGAUUCUUUUAAUUAAGUACAGUACUGUGCCAGUGUAAUGCAAACGAUAAUCGCCGAUUAUCGCGAUCGUCGUGAUGCAUCGGUGAUAUAUGAGCGAUGUUUCAGUUGGAAAUAUCGCAGGGCUGUUGUUGUCCAGUACUGUAUUUAAGCCACAAAAUUAUGCACGUAAUAGAAUGUUAAAUACACGGCACACAUUUUCAUCAUUCAAAGUGAGUUCUAAAGGGCCCUCCAGAACGCACAAAGAUGUUAUCCUUCAAACAUGUAUUUUUUUUUGUCAUAAAAUACUGUGUAGGUUUACAAUUGUAAAGUUUCGGUAGAGCUAGCAUAGUUAAUAUGCCCUGAAUUCAGUUGGGACGUAUCAAAUCGAAAUGAAACCAGGGACAGUAUAGACAAAAUAUUAUUUAAUUUCAAAGUAUAUUUAAAUUGGAAAGUGUUUGGCAAGCAUUCUUAGAAGGCUUCUAUGCGCUUAAAGUUAGGAAUAGACGCCCUUAGAUUGAUGGCGUAAGUGAUGGAUGUGUUGUGGUUCAAUUUUAUUCAUGAUUCAAAUUUUAUUUUCCUUUGUUUCAAACUCAUUAUCAUACAUUACAAUACCCAAGAACAAAAGAAAUUAAAAUUUGAACUCAUCAUAUACAUUGAUUCAAUUAACAGGUGACAGAGGGUACAAAAAAUAUCAAGUGUAACUCUUGUAGUAAAAUUCACAAAUACUAGCGUCUAUUUUAAUUUAAAAUGAAACUAAGAAGGCCUCGAAGCGAUUGAAUGUGGCUGGCCUUUUGACUCAGUUGUUAAGGGCGCUACACCGCUAACGUAGGUUGGUCAUAAUUUUCAGGUUUGGCAUAGGUGGGGUAUAGUAAAAGUGUAGUGGACUUACAUUCAAGAUACCAAGAUACCAUACCUUUGUUUCGUACUUUUUUUACCUAAGCAAGUUAUAUCAUAUCGUUAAAUGUCAGAAAUUACAAAGAAAUGAACUCGAAAAACGUUACUUUCCUUGUCA